UAGGAAAUGCAUAUCAGAAAGCAUAUCAAAUCAGGAGGCAGAGAGGAAGUCCCUCCAGUUCUUCAUUGUCCASUGUCUGACAAGGCUUUAGGUUAGCCACAAGAAAUUUGUCAUGAAAAUUAAAGACAAAUACGGGGAAGAUGGAAAUUCGAGUGAUAUKACCUCUUUCAGUGUUUCAGACAAGAUUGGGUUUGCCUCAGCUGCUACCACAACCUUUCAGAUAAGUGAGCCUCGGGGCCAAAAAAAGGCAUCCAAAUGCUGCGCUCGGACAGCCCUGAGCCUGUACCUGCUGCUGCUGACGGCCGGCCAGGCGCUACUGAUGUACAAAGUAUUUAAGAUGCAGAGAGAGAUAUUGAAACUUCAAGAGCAAAAUGCCUCCUAUACAGAAGAGGUUUUGAAGGGUUCCUUUGCCAACAAUCUGGCUUUGGCGAGGAGCUCCGGCGGGAAGAGYUUUCUCAUGAGACAUGAAGAGAGCUGGAGGAGAAGCUUAGAAGAGGAAAUCACCAUAAUUAAAAGCAACAAUGCAAACCUGAUGAUGAGGAUGAACAACAUCUCCCUGGUUGCAGGGCCUCCUGGACGCAAAGGGGAUCCUGGUCCACCAGGGUUACGGGGACCACCAGGGACAAAGGGAGACCAAGGCCUACUUGGACCCCAGGGAGAGAAGGGAGCUCCUGGCCCUGCUGGCCCMAGUGGUCAUCCAGGAAUGAAAGGGGAAAAAGGAGAGAUGGGGCUUGCAGGUCCCCAAGGACAGAAGGGUGACAUGGGCAGGAAUGGAAACCCUGGRCCCCAGGGAGCCGUGGGUCCUCAGGGACACCAGGGAAUCCCAGGAUUGCCAGGUUACAAUGGUAGCACCGGGAAGCCUGGAGCCCCUGGGCCACAAGGAGAGGCAGGUGCACCUGGACAGCGUGGACCYCCUGGAAGUCCUGGCCCUGAAGGCAGACCUGGUCAGAAAGGGGAGAAGGGGGAGCAGGGCCCCAAAGGGAGCCCAGGGAUGCAAGGCAUUGMUGGACUCAGAGGUGAAAAGGGAUAUCAAGGAACAGCAGGACCUCCAGGGCAAAAGGGAGCAAAGGGAGACCAGGGCCCACCAGGUCCUCCAGGCCCAGUUGGUCAAAAAGGAAGCAAGGGUGAUGAUGGCACUCGGGGUCUGAAAGGAGAACCAGGACUGAAAGGAGCCAAGGGAGACACUGGAUAUCCUGGUUCYUCAGGAGUGAAAGGGAGCAAAGGUCAAAAGGGAGAAGUCGGCCUCAGCAAUUUUGUACGAAUCGUGGGAGGAGACAAGAGGGGCCGCGUGGAAAUCUUCCACAAAGGGUCCUGGGGAACGAUCUGUGACGAUAACUGGACCAGCCGAGARGCCACCGUCGUCUGCCGAAUGCUGGGAUUCAACCGCGCGGUCGCUUUCUUCACGGCCGGAGGAGGCACUGGAGAAAUUUGGCUUGAUGACGUAAAUUGCAACGGGAGUGAAAUUACAAUCACGGAGUGUUCCAAGCGCGACUGGGGYGCACACAACUGCAACCACAACGAGGAUGCAGGGGUGGARUGYGCUUGAWGGGACACCCAGCCUGUCCUGGGAGCUGCUGCUGCUUCUGCUCUCYGUGGAGCUUCUCUUCAUGAUGCAAACCCAGCUUCAUCUGGCUGUGCUUUUGUGUCUCUUUACCAGGUCAUAAAAAUAUUGACAAAGAAAGUUGAAUUUUUCACAAAUCAAUAACAGUUGCAAGACCCRCAGGUAACCUGAAACAUCCCAGCUGUCAUAAAAUAAUUGGAGYUCAGGCAUGUGAGCCAGUUCACAGCUUUUCCAGCUCCCUGACAUCAGCUCAUCAGCUGGAGCUCACAUGUGUGUGACCUCUAAGUCCACAGGGGAGGGGAUGGUCCACGUUAGCUUGUGCAGUAAGAGAAUAGGAUCAGUGUACAGAAACAGGCACUUUCUGCCACUGAGCUGGCAACUCCAUCUUCAUCAUGGUACAGUUGUGAACCUGAGCUUGAAACCCCCGGGGAAGUGCAUAAACCCAGCACAGCAGGUGCUCAGAAAUCAUCUGAUGAUCUCUCUGGCAUGCCAUUGUAAAUAUUCUUCAGAGGCAAUACCGAUCACAUGUUAAAGUGCAAAAGUGCGUGCCUGGGAUCUAGGUGCCAUCCUAUCYUGCUUUAGCACAGCCCAUGUUUUUKACCUCAGUUAAGCUCUUUGYCUUCUCUGUCAGAMUUUCCUAACCUGUCCCCAGGAGCAAUACUCUUUACCUUAUCUGGUGUACAAAGCUACAUUUUUCAUACCUUCAGAAAUUGGAUGCUCAAAUAAAGCAAAAUGAUAACAAAUAAAAAAAUAUAGCAGAGCAUGAAUAAGCUAUCGAUUGGUGUUGAAUAUAGUUAAUAAAUAAAUAAACUAAUUGGUGCUCGAAUAGAUAAAGAAAUAAAAUUGCACACACACGCCUGUAGAUGUAUUAGGCAGAAAAUAUUGAACCGGACUUUCCUGGACGUUCAAUAAAUAA